AUGUCUCAAUUGGGAUAUGUUGGCUUCUUUAUGGAGAGACAGCGGGUGUUAGAGGUUCUUUACAACAGCAUCGUGGAUAAGAGCCGGCUUCAUACCUUGAAGCGUGUCACGGCUGUCAGGAGCACUGAUGCGGGGACAGUGGUUGUUGCUGCUGAUGGGAGUGAAAUGAGCUGUGAUUUUGUGGCUGGCGCUGAUGGCGUGAGAAGCGUUGUGUGCCGCGGAAUCCAGGAGAGAUCUGUCAGCCACGAAAAGGCUAAGGAGCUAUCACCUCUCCUUAUGGCUCACCGGAGCGGAAGCUGA